UUGCAAUCAGACUGAGGAAAAUUACAGAGCUUCACAAUCACCGCUCACCCUCACUCAAACGGCCAACAAUUUUUACUACUAAUACUGCUCCAAAACACACAUAGUCAGUCAUGCCUGACUUCCUACUUUGACCCUCCUCGUCUAACGCACCCCGGAAAUGGAAAUGACCUCAUCGUCCUCCUCACACGCCGCCGUGGAGGCAAUCCACCGAGCAUUGUCCGAUGUCUCCGUCUCCGACGACCGCCAGUACGCUUGGGAAAACGCUAGACGCUUCUCCGGAUACGCCAAGAGGAUGCACUUCCUAGUCAACCAGCUUCUCCGGUCGACGGUGCCAGAGAACCUCCCGCCUUCCGUUCUGACUGCUCUCAAAGGUAUCACCGUUGAUUUGACUCAAGUCGCUGAGACUUUAGCUGUGUACAAACACAAGAGCAAGAUCUUUGUGCUCAUUAACUGUCUGGAGCUCUGCGCCUCUCUCCACGAGCGCACGUUAGCCAUUGCCGCGUGGUUAGCGCUCCUCGGCUCCGCCGUGCAAGACGACGGCAUUCCCGAUCUCCAAAACAAAAUCGCUGAUCUUUCUAGAGAUAUGAAACAAGCUCACUUCAGAGUGACAGAGAAUGAAGAAAGAGUUUAUUGCACUUUGAAAAAGGAAGGGCAAGGAAGGCAAUGCAGCAAAGCAGUGCAGAGUGCAAUGGUAAUGGAUUUAGCUAGAGCUUUGGGGAUAGACUCUAAUAACCACUUGGCAUUAGCUGAUCAGGUUAAGCUUCUUAGGAAUGAUAUAGGCAACUCAUCUUCUAUAUCAGAUAGGCGUAUCUUGACAUCAUUAGCGAAGAUUGUCGAAAAUUGGGCAAUUCAGCCGGAUAUUCUAACCCAGAAGUUCGAUUUCAAUUCUGAAGAGGAAGGAGCUCAAUUAUUGCCUUUUAAGAACUUUAUUUGUCCCUUAACCAAGGAGAUAAUGAAGAGUCCUGUUGUGUUGGAAUCGGCUCAGACAUAUGAGAAAACUGCUAUUAAUUAUUGGUUUGAGAGAUGUUUAGAAGAUGGUCGUGAGCCGACUUGUCCUGUUACUGGGGUGGUGCUAAAGUCAUUGGAGCUCAAGCCUAACAUUGGAUUAGCUGGUGCUAUUGAUGAGUGGGUCAACCGGAAUAUUGAGGUUCAGAUUAAGAGAGCUGUUGAGUAUCUCAGUGAGGAUUCUUCAUCGAUGGACUCAAUUGACAGGUCACUGGAUAGCAUAUAUAAGAUUUCUGAAGAGCAUCCUAUGAGCAGAUACAGGGUCAGAAAUGAAGGCAUUGUUGUUCUUAUUCUCAAGCUGCUGAGGAAUUCUUCGAAGGUUAUUGGAUCACUUUUAAGAAGUAAAGCUCUUAUGGUAUUGUUUAGCAUGGCCAAGGAUGAAGAAAGCAGGGUGAUGAUGCUUGAAGAGGGGAUUACUAGGUCGGCUAUACAUGGUCUGAUUGGGAGCUCAGAGAAAGAGAAAGAAUUUGCAGUGAGGUUAUUACUUGACUUCUCAAGUGAUGAAGAUUUCUGCAUCAAAAUUGCUUCAGAAAAGGGGGCGUUAGUUCUUCUUUCAUGUAUGGCAGAUAAUCUGGAAAAUCCUUCUUUAUCUCAUUUAGCUGAGGAGGUCCUGAAGCGCAUAGAGAAGGUGGAGCAGAAUGUUGAGCAUUUAGCAGUGGCUGGAAGAUUUGAACCUUUAAUGAAACGGUUAUGCGAAGGUCCUGAUGAUGUCAAAAUAGAGAUGGCAUCUGUAGUGGGGAGAAUGACCUUGACAAAUAGCAGUAAGGAACAAAUUGCUUGUCAGGGUGCUAGAAGUUUAGUUGAACUGCUAUCAAACCUGGAUGGAAGAGCAGCAAGUCUGCAAGCUUUGUAUAACCUUUCAUGCUUUGCUGAAAAUGCUACAAUCCUUACUGAUUCUUCGGUGCUUCCAGCUCUAACAGAAAUUCUUUUUGAGAAUCAAGUUGUAUCCUUAGAAUUGAAGGCAUUAGCUGCAUCGAUUAUUGCAAAUAUUGUGAUGAGCCCUGGACAUUGGGAAUUAGCUUCUGCUGACAAGGCAGGGCAUCCACUGCAGUCAGAAUCAAUUAUUUCUAGUUUUCUGGGGCUUCUUUUACUUGCAUCACCUCCAUGCCAACUAUCUGUUCUCCAAAUUCUAUAUCGUAUUGCAUCCUCGCCCCAAGCAUCAGAAUCUGUCACUACUCACAUAAGAUCUGGAGAUGGUAUCAAAACAAUUAUCACAUUUCUUGAGCACCCAAAAAUUGAACACCGGAAUUAUGCUUUGAGGCUUACAAGGGUCCUCUCUGAGAGGUUUGGUGAAGAGCUUGCCAGUGCACUUAGAACUUCCAACAAGUUUGUCAUGCUCAAAGACAAGGUACUUGACAGUCAAUCCAGAGAUGGUGAGCGAUCUGAUGCUGCCUGCAUUCUUGCCAAUCUUAGCCUCUCAGAAAAUGAAGUGAAAACUAUGUUAGGAACUGGUUUCAUUAAGUGGAUCGUUUCCACUUUAAAGGGCCAGCAUUGCAGUACAAAUGGAAGAAGUUCGAGGUCCAAUUCCACCAUGGCAGAAGGACUCCUUGGCAUAUUACUGCACUUCUGUAGGAGCUCUGAUCCACAAUGUCUUGGUGUAAUCAAAGAGCAUCAAGUUAUGACCAUUUUCCGUGACCAACUGGUUUUCGCAUCAACAGUGAGGAUGAAACAACUAGCUGCCCUGGGUUUGAAAUACUUGUCAGAAUCUGGAAUGUCCCUCGCUGCUGCUGGCGACUUUGACCCGAGUCCUCCCCAAGGAUUCUGCUCUUCCUUCUUCAUAUGUACUAGGGCCCUUCCAGCACAUUCUUUGUGUCCUAUUCAUGCCGCCCCAUGUGAAGAAGGUAGCCAACUUUGUCUACUCAAGAGCAAUUGCAUCAAGCCUUUGGUUGAUGCACUCUCAGACAGAGAUACGACUGUCCAAGUUGCUGCAUUAGAAGCACUUUCAACCUUGUUGCAGGAGAACUCCGCUGGUUUAAAGCGUGCUAUGGGGGAGCUUGAAAGCCUUGGCAUGGCUAAUGCAGUCGUGGUUCUCUUCACAGAAUCGCGGCCAGGGGAGCUUCAGGAUAAGGCCAUUGGUAUGGUGGAUAAGAUGUUGAGAGCUGAUAGCUUCGCCCACCGCCAAUCUCUCAAUCAGUCUCUUGUUAGGGCCCUGGUGGAUGCCUUUAAAUAUGGAAGUGUUAUGACAAAAAGCCAUGCUCAGGAUGCCCUCACCAACUUAAAACAAAUAUCAGGGGUUAGUGGACAGCCAUCUAGUCAAAGCCGAGGACAAAGAUAGCUGUUAGGAGUAACUUGGAGUCAGAUGCUAAUUGCAAAUUUCCACCAUUAUCUUACGUUCCUUAACACACACACACACACACAACCCCCCCCCCCCCCCGGGGUUUUCAAAAAAAUAUUCUUUAAACAGUUGUGUAGUGAUAGAGGCAAUUUAUAGCAAAAUAGAGACUCUGAAUUUUGUAUAAUUAGUAGGAAAUAUUAUGUAUGAUGUUGGGGACAAACUAGGGUAAUUGCACAGUUAAUGGAUUAUAGCAUUUGAAGGUAUGCUGGUUGAGAUUAUUCCCCCUCAAGAGUCAAGGUUGUUGGUGCACAAUGCCAGCAGCAAAUAGUCGUUGCCUUUGUGCGCGAUGUAAGCAAGCCACCAUACAUGAUUUCGAAUCCAGCCUCUCUCGCUGUCGAGAUGGAUAAAAGCAAGAAGGGAGUGAAGGAGAUGGGCGCAGGGUUUCUGCAGAAGACGAGGGUUGAUGAGUUGCGAAUCAUGUCUUUGGGGGGGGGUGAGAGCCUUCGAAUAUUUUUUUCUUCUUUUAUUUUUCUCGGUCGACCUAUUCGGCAGGGAAAGGAAGAAGAGCAUAAUUCAUUAAUAAUAGUUUGGGAGUGUUAAACCAUCUGAAACAUGAUAUAUAAUAUGUA